AUGGGAGCGUGUUGCAGCUGUGCUAGCGACUCUCGAGACGAUGCCAGUGUGAUGCCAAUAGCUGAAAAUGAAAGGGAAGCAGUUACUUCGUUGCUAGGGUAUCUGGAGGACAAGGACCGGUUUGACUUUUACACGGGGGGUCCUUUGAAAGCGCUGACCACAUUGGUGUAUUCCGACAAUCUAAAUUUGCAAAGAAGUGCAGCCCUCGCUUUUGCAGAAAUCACUGAGAAAUACGUGCGUCCCGUGAGCAGAGAGGCUUUGGAGCCGAUUCUGAUACUGUUACAGAGCAGUGACCCACAGAUUCAAGUUGCAGCGUGCGCUGCGCUUGGAAACCUCGCUGUUAACAACGAAAACAAGAUUUUGAUAGUCAACCUGGGAGGGCUGGAGCCUCUCAUAAGCCAGAUGAUGAGCAACAACGUGGAAGUGCAGUGCAACGCUGUGGGGUGCAUUACGAAUCUGGCGACGCAAGACGACAAUAAGGCCAGAAUAGCACAAUCCGGGGCGCUGGUGCCUCUGACAAAGCUUGCCAAAUCGAAGAAUAUACGGGUUCAAAGAAACGCCACGGGCGCGUUACUGAAUAUGACCCAUUCCGGUGAGAACCGCAAGGAACUCGUGAACGCGGGUGCUGUUCCAGUGCUUGUGUCGUUGUUGUCCUCAACGGAUGCCGAUGUCCAAUACUAUUGCACGACGGCGCUAUCGAAUAUAGCGGUUGAUGAGUCUAACCGGAAGAAACUCUCGCAAACGGAACCCAGACUUGUGUCCAAGCUUGUGGCGUUGAUGGACUCACCGUCCGCAAGGGUCAAGUGCCAGGCUACGUUGGCUCUGAGAAAUCUGGCCUCCGAUACUGGGUAUCAACUCGAGAUAGUGCGCGCCGGCGGACUGCCCCAUCUCGUAAACUUGAUACAGAGUGACUCGAUGCCCUUAGUGCUCGCGAGUGUCGCCUGUAUUCGGAACAUAUCUAUCCAUCCUCUCAACGAAGGUCUCAUUGUGGAUGCUGGCUUUCUGGAGCCCUUGGUUAAACUUCUCGACCUUAAGAACUCUGAAGAGAUUCAAUGCCACGCGGUCUCGACUUUGAGAAACUUGGCUGCGUCUUCGGAAAAGAACAGACAAGACUUUUUCGAGAGCGGAGCGGUCGAGAAAUGUAAAGAGAUGGCUUUGAAUUCGCCCGUCAGUGUCCAGAGCGAAAUUUCGGCUUGCUUUGCGAUACUUGCCUUAGCCGACAAUUCGAAAAUUGAGCUUCUGGAUGCAGACAUUUUGGAGGCUUUGAUUCCGAUGACGUUUUCAACCAAUCAAGAAGUGUCGGGCAACGCCGCUGCAGCAUUGGCGAAUCUCUGUUCGCGGAUCAACAACUACACUAAGAUUAUCGAAUCAUGGGAAGCUCCUGGCGAUGGAGUACGUGGGUUUUUGAUCAGAUUUUUGGAAAGCAAGUACGCUACGUUCGAGCACAUUGCGCUAUGGACCAUUUUGCAACUCUUAGAAAGCCGUGACGAGACCGUCUUGGGCCUAAUCAAGGGAAACAAAGAGAUUGUGAAGAGAAUACGGAAACUGUCCGAGUUGAAUUAUGAAAGCGCACAACGGGCAUCGGCUGCCAUGAGUUCACCUACAUCCCAGACCUCUGAACAAUAUGAUGAUGCAGGGCUCGAACUCUACAAUAUCACUCAGCAAAUUAUUCAAUUUUUGAACUGA